UCCUGGGUGGGGGGGUCCUGCCCUAGGUAAAGUGCUAUGUGUGGGGGGGUAAGGGUUCUGUCUCCAUUCCUCUCCAUAGGGGUCUGACCUGGGUAGAGGGGGGGUCUGUCCCCCCCCAUUAUAGGGGUCUAUCCCAGGUAGAGCGCUGUCACUUCCCCCUGUAUUGGCAUCCAUCCCAAGUAGAGUGCUGCCGGAUGUCUCCCCUCGCCCACUUCAGGGCAGGUGCCUGCAGGGUGGGCCGUGCAGUACUGGUACAGUAUGGGGAGCUGGUUCUUUGUCUCAGUCCCCAUCCCUUGCUGGGAUGUUAUGUAAACAGAUGAGCCGGGAGUAGUGGUGCCCCAUCCCUCGUAUUUCUGUCUGUUUUAUUAUCUGAGCGGUGAGGUGGGGGAGGUAAUUUCUGUUAUUGGACCAACUUCUGUUGGUGGAAGGGACAAGUUUUUGAGCUUCACAUCUGGAGAAGGAAACCAAAGUGGUCAAGCUAAAUAGAAGGUAGGACAGAUUGUUAAGCAUAAGAGGUUCAUGCAUGUUGUAGGAGACCACUUAAAAUGAAGUGGGCAACUUUAUUUUUUUUUGUUUUGUUAUAUAUUUAUUAUUCCAUGACCAUCCAGGAAAUCUUAAAAAUCUAGCCAACUAGUGAAGGAUUCAUCUCUCCCUCCCCUGCAUGGAAGCUACAGUCUGGUAGCGGUUUCCAUUGUAAUUUGCACUUCAUUCGUGACUUUUAUCUGAACACCUCAAAGCAUUUCACAAACAAAAACUACAUCUCCUACCCCUUGGGAGCUGUAGGCAGUGGUGAGCUGGAGCCGGUUCACGCGAACCAGUUGUUAAAUUUUGAAGCCGGUUUAGAACUGGUUGUUAAAGGGGUGGGCAAACUCCGGCUCGCGGGCCACAUGCGGCCCGCGGGACCAUCCUGUCCAUCCUGCCUAAGCUCUCGGAUGGGGAGACUCCCCUGUGAAUUUUCACCCAGUGGCACUCAGAAGCUUUGGCGCCAGGUCCUUCAAUGCUGCCGAAGACCCGGAGCGACUAAAGAACAUGCCGCCAAAGACCCAGAGCGACCGAAGGAACUGGUUCUUCAGCUUCUGGCAGCUCAUCACUGGCUGUAGGUGUGUGUUACCCUCAUUUCACAGUUCAGGAAAUGGAGGCAUGGAGUAGGGAAGUGACUUGACAAAGAUCACACAAGAAGUCAGUGGUGGAGCUUGCAACUAGAACCCAGGAGUCCUGCUUCUCCAUCCCCUACUCUAGUCACUAAUCUCUUCUCAAAAUUCAGUUUCAAGGGUGUCUGAAUAACCAGGUGAAAACUUGAUCUAAACUUGGACUUCAAGUGGAGAUGAUGUUGUCACCACUUCUUGAACCAUCCCCCUUUGUGACAAAGCAAACAAUUCCUGUAUCCAGACACUGCACAAAUAGUGAGAGUGGGUAAAGGAGAACUUGCAUUGUUCAGUAUUUUGAAGUUCUUUCUUGCAUGGGGAAAUGCUCAUAACAAUGUAGGUAAAUGUGCUUAAACUGGUCCAGUGACAUCUUUCAGGACUGAAACAUUACAAAGGUUCCUGACUGCCUCAAUUUUGGGUCCUGUGACAGGCUUCAGUAAGCCUUUCAGGAAACACCUUAUGAUCUGGUGAUUGAAACCCCAGGCUGGGAGAGAGGGAAUGACUGCAGUUUUCAAAAGAUUGUAAGCAAAAACAAAAAAAACCCUCACUGACCAGUCCAUACUGAAGUGAGUUCUGUGGAGAAAUCCUGCUCAGAUACCAUGAUGAUGGGUGGAGAAGAAAUACCUAGACAGAGAUGUUCUCUUUAACAGCAUGAAAAGUGGCACCAAUGCUUCUCAGCUUGUCGUACGCUUCCUACUAAUGCUAAUGAGAAUAAUGGGCAGGUACUGAAGUGCUAUACCUCCAGGGUUUCAGCACAGGAGUAAGAAAAGGAGUACUUGUGGCACCUUAGAGACUAACAAAUUUCUUUGAGUAUAAGCUUUCGUGAGCUACAGCUCACUUCGUCAGAUGUAUGCAGUGGAGUAGUUGGUGUGGUUUUUUUUUAAAACUUGAACGCAAAAAACAAAAUUAAAGUAACGUUAAAUAUCUGGCUUGUGAGUGAACCUGUCAACUUGAUGUUUUAUUUAGAUUCUUAUACCACCCUUAUUACUUGUAUCUGAGCACCUUCCAGCAGUUCACUAAGCCAGGAGACUAACAUCUGUGAGGUGUGGUUCAUUCUCUUUCUCUUUCUCAUCCUCUCUGUAAGGAAGAAUUUUGUGUGCAGUUAUGUCUCGGUAGGGGAUUGUUUUAAUAUAUUUUUAACAUGUACACAUUGUUGUGUGUUUGCUAGAGAAGGCAGUUGGAAGACAAGAACCUUGCAUUUGGAGCAGAAGGUGGUGCUUGUGAUGGUCAUUAGUUCCUGCAGGGUUUGUCCUGCUGUCUGGGACAGGCCCCCAAGAAAUCUCAGACUUUUGCACAGAUGAGCUUUACCCUUUUGGUAAAAAGUUCCAUUCUGCCUGAGGAGCGAAGCUGUCUAGAAGGAUCUUCAUCCCGGAGCAUGAGGCUGUCUUUUAGAUGUCAAUGCUUUAACCGUCUGUGAGAGAUUAUACAUCUGUGAUGGAGUCUCAGAGAAAAAGAGUAAAAAGCUUUGCUUACUGAAAUCAACAGUAUGACUAAACAGUCCUGAUCUCUAGUCCAUCCUCAGAAGUCACUUCAGAUCUUCAGUCGCUUUUGUCACCAUUCGCUGGACCCCUUCUGUUUCUGCUAAUCUAUAUUGACAUAGGGUGACCAGAAGUGACUUUGACUUUGGCAUUAUACAUAUUCAGUGUUUUCUAUGCCAUUCCAUAAGCAUCCUAAAGUAAAGGAGGAACAAUGGACUGGCCCCCAACAAAAGUCAACAGAUGCUGCGGGAAGGUGUCCCACCUGAAAUGGAGAUGAUCUGGAAAGCUGAAGUACUCUGAAUGAACCAACAUGGGUUUGCGACUGUUGAGUUGUCUCUUUAAUUUACCCACUGCUGUGAUCUAUGGGUCCCUGUCCCUCUUUGUUUCCAUUUUGCACAAUGUAUUCCUCCUAUAUUACGUGGAUACCUUUGUUUCUGUUUACAAGAUUGAUAAACUGUCCUUUUGGAUUGGGGAGACAGUGUUUCUAAUUUGGAACAGCCUCAAUGACCCUCUCUUUGGCUGGUUGAGUGACCGGGUAUUUCUUAGCACACAACAGUCAGGGGUGGAGAUCUCCUCACCAGAAGUCAUUCUUAAGAGACUUCAGGCACUGAGCCGCAAUGGGCCCCUUUUUGCCAUCUCUUUCCUGGCUUUCUGGGUUUCGUGGGCCCAUCCAGGUCUACAGUUCCUCCUCUGCCUCUGCCUCUAUGACAGCUUUCUUACCAUGGUGGAUCUCAACCACAAUGCCUUGCUCGCAGACCUGGCUGUUUCUGCAAAGGACAGGACUAGCCUAAAUUUCUACUGCUCGCUUUUUAGUGCCAUCGGUUCCUUCUCCGUCUUCAUGUCCUAUGCAGUGUGGAACAAAGAAGACUUCUUUUCUUUCCGGAUAUUUUGUGUGGUGCUGGCUCUCUGCUCUGUUGCUGGAUUUACUCUGGCAACGUGGCUGCUAAGACAACGAUUUGAGACUGAAGUGAAAGUGAAAUGGGACCAAGAGUCAACUUUAAAAGAACUGUACAUUGAGCAACCAUCUGCCCCGCUGGAGAAGAGGAUUACGCUGGGAGAAUAUCUCAAACAGCUGUCCCGGCACCACAACUUCCUCUGGUUCGUCUGUAUGAACCUAGUACAGGUUUUUCACUGCCACUUUAACAGCAACUUCUUCCCUCUCUUCUUGGAACACUUGCUGUCAGAUCGGAUCUCUCUCUCUACAGGAUCCUUCCUACUAGGUAUUUCCUACAUCGCCCCUCAUCUCAACAACCUCUAUUUUCUGUCUCUCUGUCAAAGAUGUGGGGUUUACGCGGUGGUGCGAGGGCUCUUCUUCCUGAAACUGGCUCUCAGCAUCAUCAUGCUUCUAGCUGGACCCGACCAGGUGUAUCUGCUCUGCAUCUUCAUAGCCAGUAACCGGGUGUUCACAGAAGGAACGUGCAAGCUGCUGAACCUGGUUGUCACUGACCUGGUGGAUGAGGAUUUUGUCUUGAACCGCAGGAAGCAGGCCGCCUCAGCGCUGUUGUUUGGGAUGGUUGCCUUGGUAACCAAGCCAGGCCAGACCUUUGCCCCCCUGAUUGGCACCUGGUUGCUCUGUACUUAUACUGGUUAUGACAUUUUCCAGCGGGCCCCUCUGAGCAACGUGGUGAGCGCCCAACCAAAGUUGGCAUCCAACGCAGCCUGGGAACCAACUCUGCGCCAGGGCUGCUUUUACCUCCUCGUCUUCAUCCCCAUCACAUGUGCAUUACUGCAGCUCCUCAGCUGGUCGCAGUUCAGCCUGCAUGGAAGGCGCCUCCAGACGGUCAAGUCCCAGCGCCAGAGCCUGACUCAGAGUCGAUCACAAGAGAUCAAAAUGAUCUAGAUGUGCCUGAGCCCUUCAGCUCUCACUGGCUCUGUGCUGUGGGUGUGGUUACGCCUCUCUACAGUCCAGGGGAUGCAGACUGAGGCAAAGGGGCUUGCUGGUUAAGAACUGAAAGCGUUUACAAUUCAACUGUGAAAUACUCACAGUGCAGAUGUUUCCUCGCUCCAGGGGACAGUCAGUUUGGCAGGCAGGUACUCCAGAGAUAGGGGUGACUGGUGCGUGCUCAGAUUGGGGGUGUUUGCUCAGGCUAUCAGAUGGAGUCUUAGGUCUUGCACUUUCUGCACCCAGGGCCCACUGAGGUGCUGCUGAUCUCAAGGGAGGGUAGGUGACAGUGGCAUAGAGUAAAGGAGACAGACAUUCUAACACAGUCUCUAGUGCAAUAUCUCACCCGAUGGGGCAUCGGUGGGAAAGCAGAUGCUGUUGGGCCAGCCCAGUGGUGGUUUUGUGCAGUUCCAUCCCGGAAACCUGGGCUCAGGGCCGCUCUGCAUUAGAAACGUUACCAGCGUGCUAGUUAAGGGAGUGACUUGAUUUUGUGUUUUACUGGCAAAAGUCCCAGUGUAGACGCAGUUAUACAGGCAAAAUAAAGCUUUUGUGGAUAAAGCUUAUUUGGUUCAGGGAACUGGUAUCAGGCACACAGGCAAAAACACUCUUGUGUUGCUACAAGCUGCAUCUCCACGUAGCCCUACCUGCAGUCCUUUCUAGUGUGGACUAGGCCUCUGUCUCCUGCCCUGCUCUCACUCCCUACCUCACCAGGAGCAGGUAGGGUUGCAGAAGCAUUGUGGUCAUCUCCUUCGGGGCAUGGAUGCUGUUCCUCACCAGGCCCUGCAGCCAGUUAGGGGCCAGGCAUGACAUUCUCUGGCAGGGGAGGGCUGGAAGAAGUGGUGACUCUGAGGCAGGGCCCUGGAGUUAGAAAGGGGUUUACUGCAUGAAAAAUUGGGACGGGGGAAUCUUUUGGGAAUUGGGAUUUGAGACUCUUCAGUGUAGCUACUCCCUGCUGACGUAAUGUCUUACACCUAAUUCACUGCAGAGAAGUGACAGUUCAAGCCCAUUCUGUUGGGUUCAGGACAAGCCUGUUCCCCGGAAUCAUUUAAUGUGAAGCAGAAUUCCUUUAGCAAGAUCAACACUCGUAUUGCAGCUGCAGAAGUCUCUCCUGGGAUGUUACUAAAUGUGACGCUUCUUGAAGUCAUUCAACAGCCCAGAAGAAGCUGGGGGGACUUGCCCAUUGAGCUGGGAGCCCAAAUGAGGGGAACUCUUUGCUCAGAGUCCCAGUGUUAAUCGCUUUCACGCAACCUGCAGAGGCUUGUGUGAACGUGAUGCCGGACUCCCUGCAGUGAACGGGCACCUUCCCUGUAUUACUGCCUUUCAUCAGGGGUUGCUUAUCUGCUUCUUUCUCUGCUAAAUGGCUCAUGGUUCUUGAAGCCCAUUUUUAAACACAGUGUAGGACCUCCUGAUGCGGGGAGGGGUUGCUCUAGAGCCAAAGGGAAUUGAUACAGCAACACCAGCUUUGUUGUGGACCUGUACACCAGCCAGUGAGAGCGCUGAGCACUAUAACCCCUCCUCUUUGCAGCCUGUAAGUAAGAUGGCACAGGGCCUUACCACACAAGCCCUGUGUUCACAAAAGCAUUCAUCCCUGCAGUACAAGUAAUCCCCCUGAAAUCAACAGAACUGCCUCAGCCCAGAGCUGUAGGAUUGAGCUCCAUGGAACCAAACUGUACCUGGUAAGGGGAAUAGUUCUGUGUCUGCCCCAGUCUGGGGGCAGUGGAGACUCUAUUUUAAAUCAUCUUGACAAACCUUAUUAUGAGCCUACGACUGAGCCUCUCCACUGCUGGGGAGGGGAAGCUCAACCCUUCUUGUACUCCUAGUUCUUCUCUUCUACCCUUAGUGAAAUUCAGGCCCCAUUGAAGUUGAUGGUAAAACUCCCACUGACUGCAGUGGGGGCAGGAUUUCACCCCAUCUGUGUAAAUAGACAUUUGUUUUAUGUCAUCCGAGAGUAUACGUCCUGAGAAUUUAGAGCAGUAUCUAAACCAGUGAGAAUGGCAGCUCUGAUGAUAAAUUGCUUAGACUUUUUUGUCUUGUCUUGUUUUAAACCAUGUCCUAGUGGUUGACUGACUAGCUCAGCAGCCAAACAGAAGUUCUGGAGCGAGAUAGCGAGAGGGGUUGAAAUCUACAGAAGGCCUUGAUCAUGCUGGGAUCAGAACAAGCACAUAUUUGUAGCAAGCACAGUUCUGAUCCGGGUUGCAUGCAGGGGCCGUUGAUCUGUGAAAUCCCCUGACUGGUUUGUCUUGGAAUGGUUUAUGCUGAAUCUAUUUCUGCUUGAGUCAGCAAAACUGGAUCAUGACCAAGAUGCAUCAUGCAAAACAUUUUGGGAUUUGGUCUCAGUUUUGGCUGGAGGUGGACAAGCACCCACCUACUCUCUCAGCUGUAGGAGAACAAGGAAAGCAUGGGGAGCAGGUGAAGGCCAAACUCCCCCAUCAUGUAUGUGCUGUGUAUUCAGUUAGACACCAGCUAGGUGCCCCCGUUGGGGCUUCCUCUUGUUCUGCUGUUAAGGGUGGAGCCAGCCAAACUACUGCCAUUUCACCUCAGGACACAGCCGCCUCGGGUCUCAGACCAAGAUGUAACGAAGCUGUAAUCGUUACUGCCUGGAGGUGUCUGCAUCUUUUGAUGGUUAAAUCUUAACUUAUUUAUGUAAUUUUUAACAAACUUUGACAGAUUCUUCAUUUCCUAAUGAGCUGAUUAAAAAUGACCUUUUCUGUA